UACACUAAAAUGUCAAGGCACAUUAAUCACAUGUCAUGAAGGAAAACAAUAACAGCACAGUGAGUUCACAUAUUUAUGUAGAAAAUAAUUAGAUGACAAAUUCAGGAAAUAACUUUUUUAUUUUUUGUAUAAUGUAUAUUACCUUCUUUUGCGUUUGCAUGUGCGUAAUAAUUCUAAUUUGUGUAGGGACACAUUGGUUGCACGAGAUCGUGUCGAUGAUUCUACAGGAAGGAGCUGAGUAUACCAGUGGGCACAAAAUGAAUGUCAUGAUGGAAUGUACCAACAUUGAAGAAUUAAAUGAUCGUCCUUCGCCACGUUUCCUCAAUACCCACGUGGCAUUUCGUCACAUCCCAAAGAAACACGUAGAUAACGGAUACAAAAUCAUUCAUGUAUCAAGAAACCCAAAGGAUGUGAUGGUAUCAUUUUAUAACCACAUCAAAAAUGAUCCGAUGGCAGUCUGUACAGAAGAAGAUUUUCCUGGAACUUGGAACUACUUUAUACAGGAUAUGUGUUCAAACAAACACAAUUUAUAUGGGGGUUUUGUCAAUUACGAACGAGUAUGGGAGGAAGCGAAACAGACAAACAAAGCAACAAAUAUCCAUAGCGUGUUCUACGAAGACAUGAAAAAGAAUCCAGUUGGAGAAAUACAACGCCUGACAGCGUUUUUGAACAAAGAAUUAAGCCCUCAACUUAUACAGGAUAUUGCCGACAGAUGCUCAUUCAAAAAUCUUGCUGACGCUACAACUUCUGGCAAAAAAGGAGAGGAUAUAUUCCCGAAAAUUUCAAAGGAUAAAACAAAUUUCAUAUUCAGAAAAGGUACAACAGGGGACUGGAAGAAUUGGUUCACUGUCGCGCAAAAUGAAAUGUUCGAUCUAAUGGUGGAAGGGGAGUUGAAAGAUACUGGUCUAAAAUUCACAUAUGAACUAUAAAUAGACUAACAUUUUGUCAAAUACUACAAUGUAUCAGUUACAAUGUAAUGAGAGAUUGACGGAUUAUAUAUAAAAUUUUAUA